UUUGGAGGGAUCUGAUACGCCAUCAAAGCGACUAUAACGGUACACACAGAUUAUUAGCCUACAUACAGCGAAAUCCAGCUGCGCAGCUGCUCGAGGUCCUAGGACAGAACAUUCCGAAACCCCCGCUCAAAGAGACAAUACUUGGACGGCCAUAACGGCACGUGAACUGGACAUGUCCGUGGAAAACGCCCUCCUUUUGGGGAAGCAAUGUGCCUCUUGACAACAAACUUCACUCGCCCCGUAGGCCCUAUUUGGAAAGUUUAAAACAUUGUUUGAGCCAUGGAGAAGAGACCAGGGUCACCCACACCUAGCUGUGCGUCCAUGAGGAGUGACAUAUCAAAGGACAAUCCACCCAACCUCAAAGAGCCAAAACCUCCACCUGAACUAAGUGCCAUGGAGAAGAGACCAGAGUCUCCUACACCAAGCUGUAUGUCCACGAGGAGUGACCAAUCAAUGGAUGAGCCACUAAGGUUCAAAGCGCCAAAGCCUCCUCCAGAACUAAGUGCCAUGGAGAGGAGACCAGAGUCUCCUACACCUAGCUGUGUGUCCAUGAGGAGUGACCAAUCAAUGGAUGAGCCACUCAGGUUCAAAGCACCAAAGCCUCCAGAACUAAGAGCCAUGAAGAAGAGAGCAGGGUCUCCUACACCUAGCUGUGUGUCCAUGAGGAGUGACCAAUCAAUGGAUGAGCCACUCAGGUUCAAAGUGCCAAAGCCUCCUCCUGAACUAAGUGCCAUGGAGAAGAGAGCAGAGUCACCUACAUCUAGCUGUGUCUCCAAGAGGAGUGACAUAUCAAAGGAUAAUCCUCCCAACUUCAAAGAGCCACAGCCUCCUCCUGAAAUAAGUGCCAUGGAGGAGAGGUCAGGUUCACCUACUCCAAGCUGUGUGUCCAUGAGGAGUGACCAAUCAAUGGAUGAGCCACUCAGGUUCAAAGCGCCAAAGCCUCCAGAAUUAAGUUAG